AUGUCCUCGCCUUUUGAGCACAAAUCAUCUUUGGAGUCCCACGGUUCAAAAGGUUGCUUAUCAUCCGAUUUGCUGACAUUUGACGACCUGCUAGAUGUUCCAAUAGAACCGUCGCCGUCUUUUGAUGCGAACCACAAUCGGCCCGUCUUUUCCAGCUCCCCUAUAGCUAAAAAGCCAUCUAAAUUUAUGAUCGAUGACGAGAGUGGUUCUAGCCAACUUGUUACCCAGGAGAACAAGAUAGUAAAUUUUCUCGACCUCGAUGCAUUGGAAAGUAGCGGAAACAAUUUUGGCAAUGAAAUCGAGGGGGCAGACUAUGAUUCUGCAGGUUCUCUCGAAGAUUUUUUCGUAUACACCCAAGACUUGGAAACUAGUCCUGCAGACACCCAGGCAUGUGAUGAGGGCGAGCUAAACCUCAGGCCGAAGGACGGCGUAUCCGAUUUCUAUAGAUUUUCCCUGCAAACUCAAGCCAAUCCAUUUUUCUCGACAACCAAACAAACCUUUUCACAUCAAGACGGAAAAUAUAAAUUUGCAAGCAAUUUUAUUCUCAAGGACCAAAUCGAGUACGAUCAGAAAUAUGGCACUGCAGCUCUUUCUUCAUCCGAGGAAGACUGA